AUGAGUACACAAUCCACCUUUUCUUAUAAAACAGAAGUGACAAACAAACUAAAUAAUUGCUACUGCUUCAACCCACUUCAAACAAAGAUGACAUUAUUCUUAGCAACAACAAUAACUAUUAUAUUUCUAACAGCAAGACCUGCAUUUUCCAACCACGACACAAAAUACAAUAUGGCGGAAAUGCGUCGUUAUUUACAAUUAAACCCAGAAAGUUGCAAAUGGUGCAACAUGAAGUCGUAUGUAGAUAGUCUUAAGAAAAACAAUGAAAAGCCCAAGAAACCGACUACACCGAAGUUAGAUUUGGAGCAUCUUGACAUAUUUGACUUACCCUAUUAUAUUUCGAUGCAGACCGGAAAUUCGGGAAUGGAAUCUCUAUUGGACAAAUUGCCAGAUCGUGUAUAA